AUGGAUGAGGGAUCGGAUAAGGCCCCUCGGCGCAAGAGGGUCUCCCGAGCUUGCGAUCGCUGUCGCAGUAAGAAAGAUAAAUGCGAUGGCAUUCGUCCCACUUGUUCCGCCUGUCAGGCAUCGGGCCAGUCCUGCUCCUACGACCCCCAUGCGAAGAAACGCGGUCUUCCCGAGGGCUACGUCCGUGGCUUGGAAAAGCUGUGGGCACUGUCGAUCUGCAACAUUGACGGGUUCGAGGAUACCAUGCUGGCCAUGUUAGGAAGCACCGCCGAGUCCGCCGGUCGUCGCGAGAAAAUGAUGUCCCUGUGGUCGGACGAUAGUGCCUCGGAGAGUUUACACGAAUCCUGGAAAACGAGUCGGCUGUUCGGCGCGCUGGAGAAAAUUCUCUCUAAUUCUGAUGCGCCGGGGCCGGCGACCGGGAAGCGACCGCGUAACCCGCAAGAUGAUGGCCCAGACGGUCAAUGGGGGUUCCAAGUAGCUCGCACUGCCACCUCGAUCGGUCCGGGUGCCCCGCGUGUAGUUGAGCCCUUUGCCGCAUCACCGGGUGCAAAGCGGGCUCGAUUGUCGAAAGAGUCGGAUGGCUGGGGUAUCGCUGGACCUAGUCCCCAUACGCUACAGUUGCCACCUCAGACAUCGCAGCUGCUCGAUAUCUACUUUGCGGUCACGCAUUCAUGGUUCCCCGUGGUCGCCAAGCAUAACAUUCUUCGCGCUUCUUACCUUUACGCCAACGCCCCUUUCUCUAUUUCCACGGCUUCACCUGGGUCCGGCGAUCACGCCGCCCUGUGGGCAAUCUUGAGUUACACUAUCACUCAAUCGCGAACAAAUCCACGGGCUGGUCCCGCUGGAACAGUCGCGCUGGCGAAGGAAUACUACACUGUCUCGAGGAAUCUCAUUCCAACGGAGAAAGAGCGCUAUGAGCUCGGACAUAUCCAGGCAUUGCUGCUGCUGACCUUGGUGAACAUGGGUCUUGAAGAUUGGACCGCGGCUUGGCUGUUGAGCGGCCAAGCAGUGCGAAUGGCGAUUGCCAUGGGUCUUGGAACUGUGUCCGACAGCCGGCGGUCCGAUGAACUCAGACAAGGUAAGGCGGUUUUCUUGGGAUGCUUUGUAGUUGAUUCAUUACUCUCUUUCCGUCUUUCACGGAGCCCAGCCAUGCCUCCAAGCGACCUUACUGCGGUGGGCCUUUUGGAAGAGGAUGGAUUGGAGGAGUGGAACUCCUGGGUGGACGUUUUACCACCCACGGGUGCUCCGCAGGGCAGCAAGAACCCCCCCGCGCCGAGGACCACUCUUGGCCCUGAGCUGCUUCAACCGCUUAGUUCAGUUGGCGAGCGUGCUCAAUAA